AUUAUAAUAGAUGAGUGUGGGAUGUGUAUGGAGCCGGAAAGCAUGAUUCCUGUAGUUCUGUUCCGUGGUGUGGAGCAGAUUGUUCUUUUUGGUGACCACAAACAGCUCCGGCCAAUUGUAAUGAACCAAACUGCUAAGGAUCUUGGUCUGGACAAAUCCCUGUUUGAGCGGUACUCAAAGAAGGCUAUAAUGUUAACCACACAGUAUCGUAUGCAUGAAGGUAUAGCCGAGUUUCCUUCAUACUAUUUCUAUGAUGGCAAGUUGCAGUGUGGAACUGAAGCCCAGCGUAACCCUGCUCCUCUUAAGUUCUGGCCAAAUGGAAACAACAAACCUGUCGCAUUCUGCCACAUUGUCGGUAAAGAAGAAACCCUCACUGUCACCACAUCUGACGGACAUGUCCACUCUAAGAGUAACCAGAUGGAAGUGCAUUAUGCU